UAGUCGCCACACUCGUCUUCUGACCUCAGCUCGCAACGGUCGCCUCUCGCGACGUCCCCUUCCCAUUGGUUCUCCCCCACCGGUUCGAAUCCUUGAGUCCAGCGCUGCAAUUGGGCGGCGUCGACUGUGCCCUGACCGCUAAUUGGAGGAUUCAUAGACGAGGGAUGCACGCACUUACUCUAACGGUCGCCGCACUCACUUUCUUAUCUCUUGCAAAAUGCUCGACCUUGACAGCAGAUACGCAGGACGCUCUGCUAGGAUUCCAACCUCGGGAUUUCUCCAAUCUGGCGCGAGACGAUCGGUCGCUUAGAAUGUUUUUGGAUUUUCUGCUUAACUCUCAACAGCCCUCUCAGGUGAUGGUCGAACCCCGGGAGGAUUCCGACGAAGGCUACAGGAGGAAAAGGAGCGUCAACACUAGUCAAGAUGAUGACGUAAGAAAUGAGGAGAAUGAGGAGACCCGGGAUAAGCGGCAGACGACAGAGGAGAAGGCUGAGGAAGGAGAAACCGCAGAGGAGCAGAGCGGCAGCUGGUGGUGGCAACCUGUUGAAGAGCGUCGUUCUUACUUCAUUCCACGCCUCGGCAAGCGGGACGGAAACGACCUCCCAGCUGUGGCCAGCGAGAACGACCUGGACAGCAUGGAAUAUCUCGAAGACGACGACGAGGUGGACUCCGGCGACGCUGAGGCUCUGCGGGAGGAAGAGGGACUCACGGGGGAGGUCGAGAGGGACGAGGACGAGCAGGAUGCUUGGGUAGGUUUCGGAAGCCCCUUGGACAAGAGGGACUUUGCCUUCAAUCCCCGCCUCGGCAAGCGCCAAGCUUUUACCCCAAGACUCGGCAAGAGAGACUUUGCUUUCAACCCACGGCUCGGCAAGCGGGCUGACUUUGCUUUCAGUCCGAGACUCGGUAAGCGUGACUUUGCUUUCAACCCAAGGCUCGGCAAGAGAGCCGGGUUUGCCUUCAACCCUAGGCUCGGAAAGCGAGCUGAUUUUGCCUUCAGUCCAAGACUUGGCAAACGCGCUGAUUUCGCCUUUUCCCCUAGACUGGGAAAGAAAGCCGAUUUCGCCUUCAAUCCAAGACUCGGCAAGAAAGCCGAUUUUGCCUUCAGUCCAAGACUCGGUAAGAAAGCUGACUUUGCCUUCAGUCCAAGACUCGGUAAGAAAGCUGACUUUGCUUUUCGCCCAAGACUCGGCAAGAAAGCCGACUUUGCCUUCAGCCCCAGACUCGGCAAGAGAGACUUCGCCUUCAUCCCAAGAGCCGGCAAGAGGGAGUUUGCUUUCAACCCCAGACUCGGCAAGAAAGACUUCGCUUUCGUCCCAAGAGCCGGCAAGAGGGACUUCUCCUUCAACCCGCGCCUGGGCAAGAGGGCCGACGCAGAGGAGGACGUUCAGGCGGAGGCCCUGGACGCACGAGAAAGCCAGACCGCAUCCUUCCCUGGCGACCUCGGGACCGAAGACUUCAUCCAAAGGCUAGACUAGAUGAUCAUCCCCCCACACCCCCACACCCCCACUACCCACACCCGCCCCACAACUGCCUACGUUCCCUUUUCAUUUGUUAAAAAAAAAAUCCUAGACAUGACUUCAUUCUCCUUGUGUUUUCUCAUGGCUCUUCGACAUAAGACGAGACAAUAAUGACUCAUGAGCCUCAGCGUUGCGAAAAUGUGGCUGAGAAGAUUGUUGGUCCUAAAAUAGACCGAUUUAAGGACCCGUUGAGGCAUUCUGUAUCAUAUUUCCUGACAUUUGAAUGGGGAAUGAAAACAACUUGUUA